UCGGCCUCAGACAGAGGGGAAUGCCCUUAGGAGUCAGAAGUGUACUUAACAUCCGGUGUGAGAUGGUGCCAGGAACGCCCAGGAACUCUAGUAAUUCCCUCGGAAGUCUGUAAUUCCAGGUGUAAUUAAUCUCGUCGUUAACGUGUGUAAUGUAUUCAUCUAAAAUGGAGGUCGCUCGUCCUCUGGAGAUGAGGGAUUGAUCCCAGGCCUAGCUGCCUCCUCCGUGUACAGGAAUAAAAAUUGUGGACAGAGUACAAAGACAUUGAGGUUACAUUGGACCACCCUAUGAGUGCAGAAAACCUUGCAUCAGUGAAGGAAGAGUUCCAUACAAAGUAUCGAAGAUGGGGGAGAUGCAGAUGCGGGAAGUUGUUGACUUGUUGACUAAAUUUUCCAUUGAUAAGCUGAACAGUGAAUGGAUAAGAAAUGCAAUUGAUGCAGAUUUCACAGAAAUAGACGAUUUGCCGUCCGAUUUUGAAGAUUACCAUUGCAGUACAAACUUUCAAGGCUUAUUUGAUGCUGUGGUUGGGUCUUGCCGACAUUGGAUUGACAGCCUCCCUGUUGUUAAUGAUGAGAAUGAAAAGAGAUUGUCCAUUUCUAAUACAUGCACUUCUAAAUUGUCCAUUUCCAAUACAAGCACUUCUCAUUUGCAUGAUGGAUCACAGGCAGGCAAGAGAGAUUUACAUACUACCUUUUGGAUUGCAUUGGCUGAAAAUGUCAGUGUCAAAGGUUUGAAAGCUCUCCUGUUUUAUUAUAUCCACAGAGGGCAGAGGUAUGAUGCUCGAGAACGUGAAAGAGAGCACGGGAUUAAAUGUGCUAGCAUUUACUUUUUGCUGCUAUGUGUUCCAGGGAGUAAUGCCUUUAGGGUUUUCCAUCCUGUACUUUAUAUGAAAACAAUUGAAAUAUUGAGAUUAACAUUAAAACUAAGAGUGGGAGCAUCAAGUCCAGUUAAAAGAGGCCGGAGUCGUGGAAGUACUCGUAAGUCUCACGAAGAGCAGUCAAAUCAUGGUGAUGACGAUGAUGAUGAGGACUCUGAGAUGGCUAUGCUGACACCGGUGGAGGCAAACAAGCUUAUUAGGUCACUUAAUGUUCUUCUGAACGAUUUUCUCAGGUUGACACAGCGGUUUUCCUUUAAACAUUCAUCUGAGUGCCUUGAUGAAACAAUAAAUAUAUUAAUAGAUGUUUCCAGAUCUGAAACUCGGGAUGCACAGGGCAUUUUUUUGGGCCGACACGGUCCAUCAACUGUCACAGCAUUAGCUUAUAAUGCUUAUGUUGCUCUUCAGUCAAUUUGCAAUCCUAUACAUGGUAAGAUCAGUAGAAUUGUUAUCAUUAUCAUGAAACAUAUUAUGUACAAUAUUCUUAUGAUUUCUAGAGGUAGCUCAGAUUUAUCAUCUCGGGCUCUAGGGGUCAUAAGAGACCAUUCUCAGAUUUUUGUCAAGUAUUUACUGACUCAAGUGAAAGAAGACGCAUAUGAAGGAGUCUAUAUUCUUAUCCAGCACAUCUGUAUUCGCGUACCAGAUAAAGCAGAAUAUCGUCAGAAGACUGCCCAAUCUGUGGUUGAGAUUUUACGCUAUCUUCCAAUUCAGCUGUACACACGUCUUGUUAAGUGGUUCUUCAAGUUUUCCCACAAUGAGAGAGCAGGUCACAGAUUAUUUAUGCUGGAAGUUAUUGCAAAAAUGUUAGAUGAAAAAGAGAGGAUACAUGAAGGUGAAGAAAUCUGUCCUUCACAGUCUCCCACCACAAGAGAAAAUAGACCCGUGUCGAGAGGAUCGUCAGUGUCAUCAAGUGAAAGUGAUGAUGAUGGAGAUGAUGGCAGUUAUGAAGCUAAAGAGGGGAGAUUGAACAGUUUUCUGAAGGUGAAUGUUGAUCACCCAGUUGAAGUUCCUCCAGAUCGUAACAUCCUCUCGCAUAAGUUUCUUUUGGGUAUCAUUUUCUCCAGGUGCCGUGACAGUGGUGCCACUGUACGUGCUAAAGCUUUGGCAUUGCUGGCAGAGUGUACAUAUUCUAAGAAUCCAACCAUUAUAAUGGCUAUGAAGCAGAUAUUCUUUCGUAAUCGUCCGUUAAUGUUUACCACGCCUCACUUACCAAAUAACAACGUCAAUGCCGAGUCUCCGUUGGAAGGCGAAGGUGAGGAGGAUCUUGACCUCCCUAAUGCUGCUAUGGUGGUGUCGAUGCUUCAUCGCCGUGCCCUUGAUGACAAAGUGAUAGUUCGAAAGUCGGCCUUGCAAGUACUUGAGAACUUGAUGAAAUUGGACAAUGAAAUGCUGAAUGAUAAAAAUUUGGAGGUGUUGAUGGAACAUUGCCGAGAUCCUGCACUCUUGAUUAGGAAGCAGAUGAUCACCUCUCUCUCAGGGCUUGUGGAAUCUUAUACAGAAAAUGAAAGUGUGAUCACUUUCUGGAUAAAAGGAGUCUUUCCACUGAUACUGGAUCCAGAGAUUAAAGUACAAGAAAAAGUGAUAGAGUACAUUGAUCAGUUGCUGUUUAGAAGAUUGGUGCCUUACAACCAUCCUCUCAGAGGAACACCUGACCACAAACUCCCGUGGCUUAUAGUGUCUACUAUAACAAAGCUUAGCUUCCACAAAUUCUUGAAUAAAGCACUGAUGAUGUGGUCCAAAUCUGAGUACAAUAGACCCCAGGUAGUAAGAGUGGUGCGCUCUUACAUGGGUACCGAGUACAAUGAAGAGAUGUGGACGCUUUUGGCAUCUCUUUCCAACUACAUUGUCGUAACAGACGCAGGAUUUGUGGUGGACUACUUCGAAGAAAAGUGUCAGAUUGGAUCAAAGGUGGGAUCAUAUACCCUUCAGCAGGUGCUUAAAGUUCUGAGCAACAGUAUCAAACACAUUCCUGGAAACAGAGGGGAGGCUCUUCAUGAGCGUCUACUCCAUCCCGUUACCGGUUUUAAUGUGGAAGCCCAACUGAUAUCGUCUAUGAUGGACACUCUAACCUUAUUGACUUACAGCAUGCAUGGGGAUGAGGAGAAAGGUCUCAAAGCCUUGGAGAAAUGGGUUGCCCCUAUCCUGAAGUCCUGUGAUGACCAUCUGAAGAGUGUGCUCUUUGAAAAAUCAGUUCCCACAGAUGCUGAAGGAGAGGAGAAACUUUUCAGAAAUAUCUUCACCUUAGGGGAAGCAUCAUUGCUGUGCCCUCACAAGGUGAACCGCAGAAUGUUUUUAAUGGUUCAGAGUAUAAUUUUCCACCAGUCAAAAAGAGAAAAGUUGAGGACUCUCAGAGUCCCAUCUUCACAGACACAGAGUUCUCAGCCAACAGCCAUCUCUUAUAAGCCAACUACAAGAGUUCGGGCUGUAGCAGUUGUAACACUGGGCAAGAUGUGUUUGCAGCACGAAGACCAAGCUAAACGUAUAAUUCCAGCUCUUGGGAAAAUGCUAGAUACGCAUAUAUGCUCAGCACUGAAAAUCAACAUUGUAUUUACCUUGUCUGAUAUGUGUGUAAGGUAUGCAACUCUUGUGGAUCCCUUAAUGCCUCAAGUGACUGCCUGUUUGCGCGACCCAGAUUUGGAGGUCAGACGAACAACUCUCACUCUACUUAUAAAUUUGCUGCAAGAAGAUUAUCUUAAGCUGAAAGGAUCAUUCUUUUAUCGCAUUUUGCAGUGCCUUGCUGAUGAUCACGAAGAAGUACGCAGUACUGUUCUCUUUUACAUAACCGAGCGACUUUUGAAACGUUUUCCAAAGAUUUUGUGUCAGCACUUUAUAGAAUGUAUAUUUCAUUACAACUGCUAUGAGGAACAUGAGAGUUACAAUAGAUUUGCACAGAGUUCAAUAGAAAAAGAGCUGUUCUCUUUGGCUGGCAAGGAACAUACACAAGACAGAAUGAUGAUCUAUAAAUUCAUGUUAGAUCACAUGCCAGAUGAUCAACGAUUCACAACAACACAACGACUGUGUCAGGACAUUUUAGGUGGGGUAGUGGAUGGCCGUAUACAGCUCACUCCAAGUAGUUUACCAAUGCUUGAAGACACAUUGUCGGUACUGAGAUGCGACGAGAUCAAGUUAGCCUCUCUGAAAUCACGGCCAGAGGACGUUGAUCAACCAACAGAUCAGGCUGAACAGGCUGCUAUGGCUGGAAUGGUCAUUAAAAAGACUAUCAUUUCACAGGUGGUGAAGCGCAAUGUGAUUGAGAAUAUUGUUCCGAUUCUGAAGUUGCUGUUAAGGCAGAAGUUGGAGGAGCAAAAAUCGCCUCUCAUGAAGCAUCUACUCCUUUACUUGAAGGAACUUAUGAAGGACUACAAAAAUGAGAUAAAAGAAAUAUUGGCUGGUGACAAACAGCUUGCUCAGGAGAUCGAAUUUGAUUUAAGGAAAUUUGACCAAGAGCAGAAAGAAAAAGAGGAGGAAUUGCAGAGAAAAACAAUAGAAGAAAACAGACCUCAAGAGGAAAAAAAUAAAAGUGGAAAUAAUCAAGAAGAAAAUGCCAAUACCGAAGAACAAAUAAGUUUGGAAGCAUCCCUUGUAAAAGAUGCCCCAGAAUCAGCCUCAGCAGCUUCUCAGAGUGACAUUCAUAAACAGGCAUUGCUGAAUUCUAAGGCAGUCCUGAGUAGAAGGAAAAAUAGUAUUACCCCAGUGACCAAUGAUCAGGAUGAUUCAAGUCGGGGCAGUGUUGAAGAGGGGGUUGAUAUUUCAAAGGAUGCUGUGAAAGACUCUUCAUCCAAAAAUGAUGUUACAGGACGAGGAACUCGGAAGGCAAAAGCUUCUCUGGCUGGUAGUACCACAGGUUCUGAUGAAGAACUGGGUAAUAGUGGCAAUCCUGUGAAGGAACAGGACAAAGAUAAGAGUAAUAGUGGUAAUCCUGCUAUGGAACAGGAUCACAAUAAGGAAACAAAUGAGAAAAAUGGUACUUCUGCUGACCCUCAGCCCAUCAGGGCAGUUCCAAGAAAUAAUGAAAGAACACCAAAAAAGAAACUGUCAAAGAAAACUAGAGAGGAAUUGUUACGCGCCAUCAGCACUCCUCAUCACAAAUCUGGUGUGACCAGUAAUAUUACAUUUAUGGAAGAAAGUCUGGAUGUUAGUGCAAUAACCCUAGACUCAACUGUUGUUUCAGAUUCUACAUCUUGUGAACAACCUAAAUUGGUAUUGUGUCAUCAGAGUCCAGAAGCAUUUGCCAAGGAAUCAGAAUUCAGUAAAAUACGUAGAUCAAGUAGGAAGAGUGAGCAAAACACAGAGGCCAAGAAUAGACCAGCACAACCAGCUCAUAAAGGACCUUCAACGGAUUUGGAGCAAUCUCUCUCACAUUCAGAUUUCACGAUAGAAGCAGACAGUGACAACUUGGCACUUGCGAAAGAGAAACCCAGCCCUCAGAGGAGUAAAACGAGAGCAGCAGGGGAACCAGCGAGUAAAGGGAAAAGAACAAGAGACAUGACUUCUCUGAGUCCUGAUCCCAAAAGUGAUGGUAAUCACGAAGAUCUCAAAAACCCCAGGAAGAGAUCCAGUCAGAAACGAAAUAGGUAGUAGUAAAUAGGUUCUUGUACAGUAAGUAAUCUUUUAAGAAGUGUGUGCCUGCACAUAAAUUUACUUUGAAACACCAAAAAAUUAAUAUAUAUUUUUAUGCAAAUCUACAUUCCAUGUUUCUGUAAUGUACUUCAGUUGUCAAGUUGCAAUAUUAGAGAAAUCAUACAAGCAAAUUGUUUACUUUAAUUUUAAGGCAUAUGUCUUUUACUGUAGCAAGGCUCAAUUUUUUUUUAAAUCAAAUAAGUUCAUUUGGAGUUAUUUAUUUUGUUCUCAGGAAAUUUCAAACUUGACCUCUUUUAGAGUUGGUACAAUACAAACCAGAUGUUGGAAUGUGAACGGGUGGAUAAAUGUACUUUGGUCUUGAUUAAAUUAAGUAGAUUGUGUAUGUAAUGUUGCUUAUCAAUAGCUCGUAUUAUUGAUGUCGUUACAGACCUACAAACUUAUUUUUGUACUGUACAGUAUAUGAAUAUAUUUUAUUGUCAGCUAUCCAGAUGUUACUAUUUUGGAAGUAAAUAUUUUAAAUUUAACCUCUUUCUAAAAGAAAUUUUUUCCCGUUGUGUUUAUUGUCUAAAUACAGUAUUUGAAAACUUUACAGAUGUUUAUACACUAUGAAAUAUAUUGUCAUAGAAAUGUUA